AUGAGGAAAGUGAACAGCAAUCGCGCCUUAGAAGUACUUUGGGUUUCUAUGAGGAUCUUAGGACUUGAUCCACCUGAAAAACAUAAAGUUAUUUACCAAGUCUAUUCCCUUUGCCUCAAUUCCACGAUAACAUUCUACUAUCCGAUAUCGAUGAUUGUCAAUAUGUUCCUUCUUGAUACGAAAAAGGAAGUGGUUUCAAAUUUAACUUUAACAAUAAGUAUGUUUGUUUGUGCUAUGAAAACUUUGAAUAAUUAUUUGAAACGUAAGGAACUACGGAAAAUUCGUGAUUAUUUGGCGAAGCUUGACGUUGAUGUGAAAUUUGCAGCUGAUGAGGAGUAUUUGGAGUACAUAGUGAAAGUGUCUUUCCGAUAUUUUGUUUUUUAUGCAGCAGCUUUCGGAUUGGUUAUAGCGACUUGUGAACUUCCGGUGAUGUUUGCACAUGAAAGGCGACUUCUUUACCCAGCAUGGUUUCCUUGGGAUUGGAAAAAUUCAACGCGGAUCUAUUACAUAAUUCAUUCUUACCAACUUAUUGGCAUUGUCAUCCAAAUCUACCAAAACUUACUCAAUGAUACCAUCCCUGGAAUACUUAUGUGGCUUCUCAAAGGACAUUUACAUGUACUGAAAUCCAGGAUUGAGAGAGUUGGCUAUGAUAAAAGUUUAUCUGCUGAGGAAAAUUACACUGAAUUAGUGGCUUGCAUUAAAAGUCACAAAAUUUGUUUGGCGUUUCGAGACCAAUGCCACACCUUCAUUUCACAAAUAUUGGUUUUUCAAUUCAUUUCCACCGAGUUCACUCUAUGCAUGACAGCAAUUUAUAUUUUCUUCGUUGGGGACAACUUUAUGGAAAUUGUCUACCUUUCUUGCUAUUUUAUGAGUAUGAUCUUCGAAAUAACCCUUUGUUGUUAUUGUGGAAGCGAAAUGGUUGAGGAGAGCUAUCACUUUACAACAGGCUUGUAUCAUUGCAAUUGGAUGGAACAAAAUCUGAAAUUCCGUAAAGUAUUAAUAAUUUUUAUGCAACAUUCGCAGAAGCCAUGGACCAUCCUUGCAGGAGGCGUUAUAAGUGUAACUCUUUCAACUUGGAUGACUGUACUUAAAUCAGCCUACUCCUUGUUCGCCGUUUUGAACCGAACGACCAGG